AUGGAACAUAAGUUCCCACAGUUGGCCAAGCCUCAAUCCUCUCCCCUUCCCAUCCCUCAUCACCUCUCGCAGCAGGAACAGAGACAGCCAAUCCCGGUGUCCCCUCCAGCACAGCAACUCCCGGACUAUGACCAUACUACAGUUCCCUGGACCCUUCCAGUUGUACCCAACGAUACAGGAUUUAUUGAAUACCCUCCCCUUCCUGUCCCUCAACACCCUCCUCAUCCUGUGCAGCAACAGCCAAUGGAACAUAAGUUCCCACAGUUGGCCAAGCCGCAAUCCUCUCCCCUUCCCAUCCCUCAUCACCUCUCGCAGCAGGAACAGAGACAGCCAAUGAAGUGUAAGUUCCCACAGUUGGCCAAGCCGCAAUCCUCUCCCCUUCCCGUCCCUCAUCACCUCUCGCAGCAGGAACAGAGACAGCCAAUGAAGAGUAAGUUCCAGGAGCAUAGGUUCCCUGAGUUGGCUGAGCCGCUUGCUCAACACCACAUUCACCCGGUACAGUAUCCACUCCUGAAUGCAGAAGACAUUCGCACUGCCAUCCUCCAGAAACUCAAUGCCCAGAUGUUUGAGCUUGAGCAGAUGGAGGCCUGGGGUGCACCUAUCCUGAUGCUGUGA